CUCCUUCUCCUCCCAUUUCCCCGAGAAAGGCAGCUCACACAUACCCAUUUCCCUUGAGUUCCCCGUGUCUCUGGCGCUGAGAAUGCCAUCAUUUUGCGCACAUAUCUAAGGAUUGUAAUUUUUUAAGGAUUUCACCAAAAUGUUGCGCGUUGUUGUGGAAUCUGCCAAGGGUCUUCCCAAAAAGAAGAUUGGGGCGCCCGAUCCCAUUACGUCAAUCAUUUACAAAGGGGAAAAGAAGAAGACCAAGUCAAUCAACAGUGAAUUGAACCCAGUCUGGAAUGAAGUUCUUGAGUUUGACUUGAAGGGCGCUGCACUUGAAUCCACUGCCUUCAUCGAUGUCAUUGUGAAAGACUAUGAAACCAUCGGCAAGGACAAGUUCCUUGGCUCAGCUAAGGUGUCCUUGAGAGACCUCGCCAGUGGCCAGUCCAGAUCGCUCCCGUCUAAGAACCUAUCACUUAGCAACGAGAGCGGUCAAGAUAUAGGGGCAACCAUCGACCUUAUGAUUGGAUAUGAGCCUCCUCCCAAUGCUCCGCCCAACCCCAACGACCAACGGGAUGCUGCCGACCUCACUGCUGGAGAUUCAGCGGGGGGAGAGGAAGGGGAUGAGACCCAGGUGGACGGUGGGCCUGCGUCCAGCAGCGCGGGGGGAGGGGCUGCCGUCCUGCCCCACCAGAACGUCUUCCGGAAGGCCCGCAAGCGCCAGCGGGCCCUGGUCAACAAGCCGCAGGACUUCCAGAUUCGCUUCCGGGUCAUAGAAGGUCGUCAGUUGCCAGGGAACAACAUUAAGCCUGUUGUGAAGGUGAACGUGUGUGGUGAAACACAUCGAACAAGAAUAAAAAGAGGAAACAAUCCAUUCUUUGAUGAGAUGUUCUUCUACAAUGUCCACAUGCUGCCUUCUGACCUGUUUGACAACUACAUCAGUAUACGGGUGUAUGACUCAUCGUCCUUAAGGGCAGACAGCCUGAUGGGGGAAUUCAAGAUUGACGUUGGCUUUGUGUACGACGAACCGGCUCACUGUGUGUUGAGGAAAUGGCUGCUCCUGAAUGACCCAGAUGACUCCAGCUCGGGCGCCAAGGGCUACCUCAAAGUCAGCAUCUUCAUCGUGGGCACCGGGGACGAGCCGCCGGUGGAGAAGCGUGACCGUGACAACGACCAGGACGACAUCGAGAGCAACCUGCUACUGCCGGCCGGCCUCACGCUGCGCUGGGUCACGCUCAAGCUGAAGGUCUUCAGGGCAGAGGACAUCCCACAGAUGGACGACUCUUUCUCGCAGUCCGUCAAAGAGCUCUUUGGAGGCGGCGGAAAUAAAAAGAAUCUGGUGGACCCGUUUCUGGAAGCGUGGUUUGCCGGGAAAAAGCUCUGCACGCAGAUCAUUGAGAAGAAUGCCAACCCAGAAUGGAACGAACUGCUCAAUCUGCAAGUCAAGUUCCCAUCGAUGUGUGAGCGAAUCAAAUUGACCGUCUUCGACUGGGAUCGUCUUACAAGGAACGACGCGGUUGGCACCACCUACCUAAACUUGGCCAAAAUAGCGUCCUCUGGUGGAGAGACGGAAGCCCAACCAGGGGAGUCUGAGGUGGGAUUCCUGCCCACGUUUGGGCCCUGCUAUGUCAACUUCUAUGGGAGUCCUCGAGAGUUCUCUGGACUGCCGGACCCUUACGAUGACCUCAACCUUGGAAAGGGUGAAGGGGUGGCGUACAGGGGAAGAGUACUGGUGGAGCUGUCCACGCAGCUGGAGGGCAAAGCGGACAAGGAGGUGGACAAAAUCCCCAGCGAUGACAUCUUGGUGGUACAGAAAUACCAGAGGCGCAGGAAGUACAGCCUGUGCGCCGUGUUCCACGGGGCCUGCAUGAUCCAGGAGCCCGGAGAACCAAUCCAGUUCGAGGUCAGCAUUGGUAACUAUGGAAACAAGCUGGACUCCACCUGCAAGCCCCUGGCGUCCACCACGCAGUACAGUUGUGCUGUCUUCGACGGGAACCACUACUACUACCUGCCCUGGGCGGACACCAAGCCGGUGGUGGUGCUCCUGUCCUUCUGGGAAGACAUCAGCCACCGACUGGACGCGGUCAACAUCAUCCUCUACAUCGCCAACAGGCUGCAAGAGAACAUCAAUGCACUGAAGAUCAGCAUAGAGGCCAAGGUCCCGGAUAACCGACUGGACGAGAUCUGGGUGAAGCUGGUGAACCAGCUGGUUGAAGAUCUGACCAACGUCCAGCUGCCGUCGCUGGAAGGUGUGGCCCACCUGACCACUCUGGACAUCCAGGUGAAGAAGCUGCGUGACCAGGCCCUGUUGAUGAUGAGUGAACAGGCCCAGAGGAUGGUGCAGGAGGCCUCCGACAUCAUCGACACGCUCGGCACCAUCGAGGCCUGGCUGGAGAAGCUGCACGAGCUCGCCGAAGAGCCUCAGAACAGCAUGCCGGACGUGAUCAUCUGGAUGCUGCGCGGUGAGAAGAGGGUGGGCUACGCCCGCAUACCUGCCCACCAGGUGCUCUACUCCACGCACAGCGAGGAGGCCUGCGGACAGUACUGCGGGAAAACCCAGAACGUCGUCCUCAAGUAUCCAAUGAACAAGAGCAAAGGUCAAAAGGUCCCGGUGCAGGUGCGAGUCAACAUGUGGCUGGGGCUGUCUGCACACGAGAAGAAGUUCAACACCUUCUCCGAAGGAACCUUCAGUGUGUUUGGAGAACUGUAUGAGAACCAGGCAGAGGUGUUUGGAAAGUGGGGCACCACCGGCCUGAUGAACCGCCACAAGUUCUCUGAUGUCACGGGCAAGAUUAAGGUGAAGCAGGAGUACUUCCUGCCCCCUAAAGGAUGGGAGUGGGAAGGCGACUGGUUCGUGGACCCAGAGAGGAGUCUGUUGAUGGAGGCUGAUGCGGGCCACACGGACUUCCUAGACGAGGUGUUUGAGAACGAGACGCGUCUGCCAGGCCGAGACUGGAAGCCUGCGUCUGAACCCUUCACAGAUGUGAAUGGAGAGAAGGCCCUGAGUCCGGCUGAGAUCGAGUGUCCGUCGGGCUGGGCGUGGGAAGACGCCUGGACCUAUGACAUCAACCGAGCAGUGGACGAGAAAGGAUGGGAGUACGGCAUCACCAUCCCCCCAGAUGACAAGCCCAAGUCCUGGGUGUCGGCUGAGAAGAUGUACCACGUGCACCGCCGCAGGAGACUCAUCAGGGCCCGGAAGAGAACGGCCGGCGCCGGGGCAGCUGCUGAGAAGAGAGACCAGGGGGACCCAGAAGGCUGGGAGUACUCUUCUCUGAUUGGUUGGAAGUUCCACAAGAAGGAGCGCUCGUCAGACACAUUUCGCCGGCGACGGUGGAGGAGGAAGAUGGCCCCAGCGCAGCGCGUCGGAGCGUCUGCCAUCUUUAACCUGGAGGGGGCGCUAGGUGUUGACCAUGAUGAGAAAGGCUCCAAAGAUUCCAGCAAAGUGUUUGGAGCCAACACCCCAACCGUGUCCUGCACAUUCGACAGAGCCUAUGCUUAUCACCUGAGGGUGUAUGUGUACCAGGCCAGGAACCUCACUGCUCUGGAUAAAGACAGCUUCUCAGACCCGUACGCCCACGUGUCCUUCUUGCACGUGAGCAAAACCACGGAGACGGUGAAGUCCUGCCUGAACCCCACUUGGGACCAGACGCUCAUCUUCAACAGCGUGGAGAUCUACGGAGACCCCCAGGCACUCACACACAACCCUCCAGACGUGGUGCUCGAGAUAUUCGACAAAGACCAAGUGGGUAAGGAUGAGAUGCUGGGCCGCAGUACGUGUAGGCCGGUGGUGAAGCUCCAGCCGGGUAUGGACAGCACCCCUCGCCUCCUCUGGCGGCCCGUCAUGCAGAGGGGGCAACAUGCAGGAGACGUGCUGGUGUCUGCAGAACUCAUUCUCAAGGAUAAGGGCAAUGACACCGAGCUGCCCCUGGUGCCUUCCAUGAGGGGGGACAAGCUGUACAUGGUGCCCCAGGGAGUCCGGCCCGUGGUCCAGCUCACCGCCAUCGAGAUCUUGGCGUGGGGCCUGCGCAACAUGAAGGCGUACCAGCUGGCCAGCAUCUCCUCUCCCAGCCUGGUGGUGGAGUGCGGGGGGGAGGUGGUCCACUCGGCCACCAUCAGGAACAUGAAGAAGAGCCCCAACUUCCCCGUCUCCGUCCUCUUCCUCAAAGUGCUGCUCCCCAAAGAGGAGAUGUACACUCCUCCUAUCGUGCUGAAGGUGAUAGAUCAUCGCCCGUUCGGCCGCAAGCCGGUGGUGGGCCAGUGCACCAUCACCUCCCUGGAGGAGUUCAGAUGCGACCCCUACGAGAUCCGCUCAGAACUCUCCAUGUCCUCCAAAAUGGCUUUGAUGGCGUCGCCACCCCGUGACCUGGCUAUCAACAUGGAGGACAGCAGGCCACUGCUGGAAGCUGAGUUUCUGUAUGGCAUGUCGUCUGCUGUAGACAGGCUGGUCACCACCCCUCACCACAUACGAGUAGAAAAGGAGAAGGAGGUGGUGGACUGGUGGAGUAAGUUCUACGCCUCUAUUGGGGACCAUGAGAAGUGCGGCCCCUACAGGCAGAAAGGAUAUGACACGCUCAAGGUCUACACUAAGGAGCUGGAGGAUAUUGAGGACUUCAAGGGGUUAACGGACUUCUGUAGCACCUUCAGGCUGCUGAGAGGCAAAAACGAAAACGGGGAAGAGGACCCAACAGUUGUUGGAGAAUUCAAGGGCUCGUUUAAGGUGUACCCCCUGUCUGAUGACCCCGGGGUCACCGCGCCCCCACGCCAGUUCCGCGAGCUGCCGGAGAGCGGGCCUCAGGAGUGCCUGGUGCGGAUCUACGUGGUGCGCGGCAUCGACCUCCAACCCAAAGACAACAACGGCCGGUGUGAUCCCUACAUAAAGAUUUCUCUGGGAAGAAAGAGCAUCGAUGACCGGGACAACUAUCUACCAAACACUACCAACCCAGUAUUUGGAAGGAUGUUUGAGAUGUCAUGCUUCCUCCCGCAAGACAAGGACCUGAAGAUUUCCGUCUACGAUUACGACCUGAUUGGUCGAGAUGAGAAAGUGGGGGAGACGGUGAUCGACCUGGAGAACCGCUUCCUGUCUCGCUUCGGCUCCUACUGUGGGCUGCCUCAGACAUACUGCAUUUCCGGCAUCAACCAGUGGAGGGACCAGCUGAAGCCGUCUCAGAUCCUCCAGAAUUUGGCCCGGCUCAAGGGGACGUCCCCGCCGCGGUCAGAGGACAACGGGAACACUCUGCACUUCGGCGGGAAGCAGUACAGCCUGGAAGAGUUCGAGGUCAACAAGGAGCUCCACCCGCAUCUGGGCCCCCCUCCGGAGCGCAUCGCACUGCACGUGCUCAGAACUCAGAAUCUGGUUCCGGAACACGUGGAGAGCAGAACCCUCUUCAGCACCUUCCAACCCACCCUCUCCCAGGGUACUCUUCAGAUGUGGGUCGAUGUCUUCCCCAAGAGCCUGGGCCUCCCUGGCCCCCCCUUUGACAUUGCACCUCGCAAAGCUCAGAAGCAUUAUCUGCGCGUGGUGGUAUGGAACACCACGGACGUGACCCUGGAUGAGACCAGCGUGACUGGGGAGAGGAUGAGCGACAUCUACGUGAAAGGCUGGAUGCCAGGCAUGGAGGAGGAUAAGCAGAAGACUGAUGUGCACUACCGUUCCCUGGAUGGAGACGGCAACUUUAACUGGAGACUCGUGUUCCCCUUCGACUACCUGCCUGCUGAACAGCUGUGCCUGGUCUCCAAAAAGGAGCACUUUUGGAGUCUAGACCAUACAGAGUUCAGAAUACCACCAAAGCUGAUCGUUCAGAUUUGGGACAAUGACAAGUUUUCAUUGGAUGACUAUCUGGGCUCCAUUGAGCUCGACUUGCGUCACCUCAUCGCGCCGACCAAGAUGCCGCACAAGUGCAAUGUGGACAUGCUGUCAAAAGAGGGCGACAUUCCACACCAGAAAUGGGACGCGUCCAAGUCCCUCUUCAACCAGAAGGCAGUAAGGGGAUGGUGGCCCUGCGUGGUGGAGAAAGACGGCCAAAAAGAGCUUGCUGGGAAGGUGGAGUUGUCUCUGGAGAUAGUGGCGGAGCAGGAGGCGGAUGAGAGGCCGGCAGGGAAGGGCCGUGACGAGCCCAACAUGCACCCCAAACUGGACGCCCCCAACCGCCCCGACACCUCCUUCUUCUGGUUCACCAACCCGUGCAAGACCAUGAAGUUCAUCGUGUGGCGCAGGUUCAAAUGGCUCUUCAUCGGCCUCAUCUUCCUCAUCCUCGUCCUGCUCUUCAUCGGAAUCUUGCUCUACUCACUGCCGAACUACAUUUCCAUGAAGAUUGUGAAGCCCUUCUCCGUGUGAGAUUUUGUGAAGAGUGCAGCACAUCAAACCACUCACCAUCCACCAGCCAUCCAUCCUGACAAUCAACUCAAAGCACUAACUGCCACCAGCCAAAUGUUUUCAGACCCUGUUUAUGAGUAUAGGUCUGUAGAUAUGUUUUAGCUCCCUAAAACUGUUUAUUUUUGUUGUUUUUUUAAGGGAAACGAGUUUUAAGUGAAAUGGGGAUGUUUU